CUGGAUGUUGAGUUCUUUCGCUAAAAGAAACUGACAUCCCUGCGCAAAUAUUGUCUGUACUGGCUCACAGAAAGAGUGGGUCAUCCUCAUUUUCGUCAAGAUUCUCCAUGCCAGGUUCAGCAACUGUAGCACUUGAAUGAAUACAAGAUCCCGCCUACAUGUGACAGCAACUUUGGUCCACUGAUCUACGGUACCAAGAAAACCCAAAGCUUCAUCUUGGAAAACCAUGGAGACUUCAAGACUUCUUUCACCAUCACAGACCCUACACUCUUAAGCAGGACAGGACUCACCUCAGGCUGGGUGUAUUCUCAUUGUCUCCCUGCACUGGAAGCCUACAGCCAGGGUGGUGACAGUGGACUGUGCAGCUGAACAGCUAGGCAGCUAUAACCAGGAUUUGCUCAUUGACACCACUGGGCGUGACCCCUCAGACCAUCCUGAUGGCAUACUCUACAGACUGCUGGCUCAAGUAUGCAAGCCAGGCAUAGUGUUAGACAUGGCCUCCAUUUUUGAGGAACACCAUCUGUGCCCCAGCAGUAGCCAGCUUUCAUCUGAGCAGUUUUGCAAUGCUGAAUGCAUCUUUGUACAGGAUGAAAACAAAUUUAUCUUCAACAAUAUUCAAACCAGCCAAGCUCGCUUCAAACCCGCCAACAGCAGCAAGUUCCCCUGUGUGCUCAUCUUAGCCAUCAAAAGUGUUGGGCCCAAGGUGAGGCAUUUAAAGUCUCAUGGAUAAAUGUAUACAGGACUAUCUCUCAUUGUGAUACAGUAUAAAGAAAUGUGAUCAAAUCAUCUAAAAUAUAAUGUAUUUUUUAGUCAAUUGGACAAAUCGAGGUGUUUGAUAUGCCUACAACAACACUGAGCUUUCCCAGCCAGUGGUACACCUUUGCUGUUGUUACCUUCACACCUCAAACAAUGCAGUUAUACAGUGCUGUGUUUGAGGCCCAAGUGGAGGAAAGUAGCAGGUAAACAAUUAUGUGACUGCUACUGUGGUGUUGUCUUUACUCUUCCUAUGGAUAGUCACCUCUCUUGGCACUCUCUUACUUAGUAGUAGCACCUCUUCUUUGCUCCUGCUGACUUCUGCCACCAUGCUUUCCUUACUCUGCUGCAUUCAGAAUGACACCCACUAUUAGGAACAAGGUGCUUCAGUUUGACCUUCUGGGAUAAGGCACUCUUCCCAGUGUUUGUGCGGUACGGCCAGCUCUUGAGGAACACUGAAGGAAGCCCAGUGCUGUACUUCAGGCGGGUACUUGUUGGGUGUAGACAUACACUGUCUCUGGUGCUGUUAAAUAAUGGAAAUGUGCCAGAGCAUAAUGUGGUGCAACGAGCCAACCUGAAGCUGAAUGUUAAUGAACAGGUGGAGUUCCAGAUCACCUUCUGCUCUGACAGACACCUGAGUGUCAAGGCAAAAAUUUCACUGCAAGUGAAGGACAACCAGCAGAGCGAUACCACAAUACAAGUGAGAAGAGACACUUAUCUGGAAAUCGUCUCUCUGGAAAACAUCAGCAGGUCAUCGCAGGUAAUGGAUCAGAAAGCUGAUGAAGAAGGUAAUUAUGAGGUCCUGAAUUUUGGUGACUGUCAUGUAAACUUUAAAUACCAAGAAAGUUUUGCAAUGGCCAACCACAGCAGCAGCCAGGCGGUGAGGUUUGAGUGGCCACCUAGUGGACCUCAUAUCAGCUUUUCACCACAGGUAAACCAUCAAAAAAGUAGCGAAGACUGAAAUUUUACAUGAUGGAACCAGGUUGGUGUAUAGUUUUGAAAUACUUUUUCAUAGUAAUCAUAAACUGUAUGUGAUCAAAAGUCACUAUAUUCAUUUUCCUAAUAAUAUAAUGCCAAACUAACACCUAGAAAUGGUCACAUAUGAGGUAUAAAUACUUAUAACUCCAAAUACCAUACAACCAUAGACAGUUGAUCCACCCUAUUCCCUUCCACAGAACCAUUUUACCCUAGAACUGAAGAAGCUUCUCGGAUGAGAGGUGAAACGUCUUCAAGCAACUCAAAGAAGUCCAGACGCUUUUCUUUCCAAGCUCCUUAGAGAAGUAAAAAUGGAAAUUUGCACAGUGAAACAGCUUCAGUUCCUACAGCAGUGACCGUGUCUCAUAAUAUACUGUAUCUCUCCCAAUCUCUCACAGUAUGCUGUAUUAGUCAAUCUUUAUUUCUCUUCUUUUCAACUUUUAAUGUCACAACUCCUCUGCUCUUCUUCAUCUUUGUCUCACACUUCUUCCUCAUCUUUUUCUUGAAGCGAUAGUCAUGUAUGAUUUUCUGCUUUGUCCUUGUCUGCAGAUGUGUUUUGAAUAUGUUGCUGAGCAGCUGGAUGCAGUGGAGUCAUUCUGGACUUUUCUGAUUGAGACCCCAUCACUGUCUGUUCCCUUCCAGUGUGUGGGCACUGCUAGAGAACCACUCACCUAUCUCGGCAGACCUCACCUUGACAUUGGGGAACUGCUUGUUGGUUAUUUUGAAUUGUGCUCAUGUGCUUGUGAAGGACAAAAAGUGGAAUAAACCGUCAAUCUUUGAAUGGAGAGGAAGACCCCUUGCAUUUCUCUUGUUUCACUAUGAGCACUUCUGUACAAGUUCAGAAGUCAGGAGGGGGGCCUCAAAAACAUUGUCCCCAACCACCAAGAAACUCUGGACUUUAAGAAGGUGGGGAUUUCAGAGCAAUCCACCUUUAAUUUUCUGGUGUCCAAGUUUUCAAGAUUCAUUAUAGAAGUGAACUUAGAACUAACAGUUCCCAGAGCACUGCAGCAGCACUUUGUUACAAAACCACAACAAGCUAGCAUUGAAGCUGGGAAGCAGCUGCAGUCAUCGCAAUUUUUUCUCACCAGAGCAUUUGCAACCUCAGUGAGAAGCUAGUGUGGAUUUUUACUGAGGUGAAGCAUGCGCCAACAUUUACCUUUGAUAUAAAAGGCUGUACUGAGUCUUGAAUUCUCCUUUACCAAGUUCAGUUUGGGAAGUACUUCUUGUACUGUCCUGGCAUGGAGCCAGCAGCUCUUGUGUUAAGGAGCACAGGUGAAAAGCACACCAGCUCAGCCUCCAGUGCCAGUUCAAGAACACUGAUGUCCUUCAGAUGAAUUUCCAGCCAGAUGUUUUGUCGGCUGGUGGUGUAAUGGAGAUACGUGAGCCACGUCAGUAUCAUGAAACGCUCCUUCACCUUAGACAGCUGUGUCACGAAACAGGUGGACAUACUUGGCCAAGGCAUCGAGAUCAAGCUGGAAGUUGAGGAUCCAAGGCAAAAGAAGGUGAAACUGGGUCCUCUGAAAAUCGGUCAAAAGGGGUAAAAACAGGAUCUAUAGUUCAGUCCAGCAGGUGAACUGCUGCUGAAAUCGAGCAGGGGUUCAUGUACUGUUCAGAUCCAUUUCUCACCUCAUCAGCGCAUUCUUCCCUUCACUGCUGAGCUGAAGUUUGUAGGACUCCUGCACCCCCUGCUGACCAUCCAAGGUUCCUGCCAGGAUGUCAAAGCCCAGCCAGAAGAGAGGUACUUUGGAGCUGUAGUCCAACGCUGCCGUUCAGGAAGAAGACUGCUAUGAUGAAUACUGGUGACGCUGGUGCCCAGUUUAAGUGGAAAACAGAGGAUUUUCCUGCAGAGUUAUUCAUCAUGCCAGCUAAUGGAUAUAUCUAUCCAGGAGUGGAGGUUCCCUUUCCAAGCGACUUUUGCCUCUGUGGAGCUGAGUAAUGGCACAAAAUAUGAGAAUCUUAGUUGCCUUGUGGAGGGUUCUUCUUCGCCUGUCACCCUCACUGUCACUGGCUCCUGCAUCAUGGCCUACACUAGCAAAGAGGUGGUGAGCUCUGUGUGUCCAGUUCGUGGAUCCCACACACAGACCCUGUCUGUCCUUAACCCCACAAUCCAGUGUUGCACCAUCAAACCUGUCAUUGAGGGCAAGCAUUGGAGUUCUCCACUCUUUGUGACCUUCAAGCCGCACCAGAACUGCAUUCCCAAUAACCUCCCGAUCUAUGACCGUGACUGCUCCUGGAAAAAACACCAGGGAUCUGCCUUUUUUUGCCUUUCCCGAUGGGACAGGUGUGCUGUACACCUUGCAGGGAGCUGCUGAUCCUCCUGUGGCAGGGGACACUCUUGUGCAUGAGCUACCUGCUAAAACUCUCCACACACUGUUGCUCCCUGUGCACAACUGGCUCUCUAGGCAACAAAGGUUCCUUGUGUGUCUAGAGACAGUGAAGCCUGACAAGCCAGAUGCUACAGUGUCCCUCAAGGAAAUCAAAUUUAUUGAUGUCCCUGCCCAUGCUAAGAGGGACUACGAGUGUUUUGUUUUGUUUUGUUUUGUUUUUUACAUACACAGAGGGUAACACCACGGUUUACUCAAGCAUACACAUCCAGACUUGGAUGACUAUUUUUUGUUAGCCUUGUUCUCACAUCAUCCUUUUUAUCUUUAUCCUUGGGUGACAUUCAUUAAUGAUGAGACAGGCGAGUAUUUGUUCUACCUCGUUAUCUUCAAAGGCAACAUCUCCAGGAGUCCUGUCCACCAUCAAGCUGGGGACACCUGUUCGUCAGGUGGCCUCGGCCACUAUUCAAGUAGAGAACCCUCUGACCCAGACAGCCUGCCUCACUACGGAGUGUAAAUGUCGUGGCAUCAUCGUCCAACCUCAGCACAGUGUGCCAGGACAGUCCAAGGCGAGUCUACUGCCCGUCUAACUUUGUUCAGCAAUGAGCUGAGCCACUUCCACUACGAUCUGCUUCUCAGAGCUCUGCCCCCACCACCAGAGAAAUCUGUGGACAAUACUUUGCUGGGCAGCAGCCACUCUGUCACUGUAAUGUUUAACAACUACUCACGCUUCAAAACAGAGUACUGCUGCAAGACUGACCGUCCGGCCUUUAUUGUAGACAAGAAUGUCAGCACAUUACCAGGUUUCCCUUCGGGCUCAAAGGCCAGCAUGGAGGUCCGUUUCAAGCCUUAUCAGCUGGGGUAAAUAAGAGGCCAGCUAAGCCUGUCUUCAGUAAUUGGUGGUGAAUACAUCUUUCCCCUACUCAAACCUCAAGGCCCGUUCAGCAUCAAAGCCGGUGGGAACGUCAUUAUCCUCUUCAAGAAUGUGUUCCUGCAGACCACCACUUUCUCUCUUCUGGUUGACAACUCCCAUUUUACUGUCAAUGGAGGGGGCAACAUUCAAUCCAAAGAGACCCCAAAAAUCCUGGUGUCAUUUGAGGUUCCUUCAGACGGCUCUCCAGGACCAUGGUUAGGCAGCUAGAUCAUCUCCAGUCGGCACUCCGAAGGCCACAGGAGGCCCUACUCACGCGUCUAUUAUCUGAAGGGUCUUCAGUUAUCUUAGAGACAUGUGCAGACACAGAGAGAUUGACUAUAGAUGUAAACAUGAAUGCACUUAAGAAAUUAGGCCUUCAUUGCUGGAUGUUCGUAUGUUUCAGUUGCAUGUUUUGUUAUUUUUCUGUAGCCUGUUAGCCAUUUAAUUGCCAAAAUGUUCAAGCCAGAAUGUGUUGUGUAUUUGUGUGAUUUAAAUAAGUGGCUGUCACGAAUCUGUUGGUAAAUAUUUAAUAAUUAACUGAAUACAUCCUGCAUAUAAGACUUGCCCAGGCACGUCACUGCACAUGUUUUACCACAUGGGGGCAAUCGUGUCAAGUGAUUGACCCUUUCUUAUGUUCCAGCGAUGGGGCAAGAUGUAUAACACGCCUGACUUUACUUCCUUGUGGUAAUCGCGAUAACCUGUUUGUUAACUUUGCAUCGUGACUGAAUUCAUCCAGAAUGCUCUGCGUGCUGUUAAACACAUGGUACAUUACGGGGAAGACAACAGUACAGCGGAAAGGGCAAAGCUGGGGGAGUCGCUCAUUACCAAAGGUUAGAGCUCUCACAUAACACUGAUCCUCUAAUGACUCCUUUUUACUCCAUGUGGAAAAUCCUCUGAUCCACCCAUUGCCACACAUGACUGCUGGCCCACACCUCCUGUUGUCACUGUGGAAGGAAUAAACUGUGCCACGGUCUCAGUCAGAUUCAGAUAGUUCAAAGUGAUCUGCAACUUUGCUAUUUUACAACACCAUGAAAAAAUAGUCAUGUGUUUUUACACUGUAGUAAGAAAAGUACUAGCACUGAAGGCGAGACAUUUUAGCACUUAGAAAUAUGAAAGCGUUGAUAACAACACUAAAAUAAAAAGUGCAAUAAACUCACUUAAAUCUCCAAAGCUGUUAAAUAUCUGCCUACAAGCACGUAUGGGUAGACAGGGCUCUGUACGGUGGGUGGGUGUGAUUUGGGGUGGGUGCUGUGAUGUAAGAGGGGAGCUGGGGUGGGGGUGGGGGUUCUCUCUCCCCCAUAGAGCGCAGCAUGAGCGCUCCGCAGCAAAAGGAUGUGUGAGCAGGCAGCGCGCUACUGUAGGGACGGAGUCCACAAACUGCUGAACAAAGAACAAGCCAAACUUCGAGCCCAAGAAAGCCGCGAGCAGCCGAAACCCGUAGCCGGUCAGGACAGCGAGUCCGCAACGGCAGCGCAGUCCGGAAACAGCGGCGCCCAGCCCGGUGGAAUCGACGGGCUCGUCCGCUGGAUCGUCACCAAAAUGAGCGACAACAAGAACAUCUCCAGCCGGGAGUACGCCUCCAGUAAGGAGGAGGUGGCCGUGGCUCAGGAGCAGUUCUUCGCUCCGGAACCGCGGAGAGGCAUCUCCGUUAUUUUGGAUAUUUUCAGAAGAGCUGACAAAGAUGAUGACGGGAAGCUGUCUCUGGAUGAGUUCCAAGCAUUCUUCUCAGAUGGCACGCUGAAUGAAGAGGAGCUGGAGAAGCUAUUUCACACCAUUGACUCUGAUAACACCAGUAAUGUUGACACUAAGGAACUCUGCGACUACUUUGCUAAGCACAUGGGAGAUUAUGAGGGAGUUCUGGCUUCUCUGGAAACGCUCAACCUUUCCAUCCUCAAAGCCAUGGACUUCACCAAACGGGUGUAUGAGAGGGGAACCAACGUGGAGCAAUUUGUUACCCGUUUCCUGCUGAAGGAGUCAGCCAAUCAGAUCCAGUCUCUCCUGAGCUCUGUGGAGAGUGCCGUGGAUGCCAUCGAUGAGCAGCACAGCCAAUCAGGUCAUCUACCUGCCAAAGUGAGUCCACGGAUGUCAGGGAAGCGCUACGAAAACACUGUCCCUGACUAUCCCCCUAAUAACAGAGUCAGCGCCAAGGAGGCUGUCAGGACCAUCAAUACUGCUUCAGGUGCAGUGGAGGUGAGGAAAGAAGGUCUGGAGGUGCAGAUCAACCGUCUAGCUGAACUCAUCGGACGACUGGAGAAUAAGACGGUCUGGUUUGACCUGCACCAGAGGCUAACAGACACAGAUGGCACCACCAGUGCAUCUUUGCUGCUGAUUCGUCAGGAGAUGGUGGUUUCCCAGAAGCAGCUUGGUGAGUUCUGUGAGGCUCUGAAGCAGUACCUGAAGAACGUCUCCGCUCAGAGAGACUGCUUUCAUGUGACUGCAGUGCGUCUGCCAGAUGGUUUAUCCUUUGUCGUCUAUGAGUUCUGGGAUGGCGAGGAGGAGUGGAAGAGGCACCUCCAGUCGGCUCCCAACAAAGCCUUUCAGCAUGUGAAGGUGGAUACACUGUGCCAGCCGGAGGCUGUGUCCUCUGUAGCCGUGCCAGCCGUCUGGUGCAGCGUGAACAGGGACUGAGCAUGAAGAUAUUCGACUACACGCCAAGACUCCUGACACUCCUCACUUCUUUAACUCCUUCCCCUCCUGCCCUAAAACCUUUUUUUCUCCUCUACGUUUCACCCACCCCAAUCCCCACAACCCCCAAACUCCCUCAACUCUUUUUGUAAGUACAUGUUUACAUAGUGCAAAUGAAUGGUGUCAACUGCGGUGAAAAUUGAACAAACAGUACAUUUUACAACGUGAGAUUACUAAAACAUGUUUGCAUCUCAUCAUGGUAGUUUGCUGGAUUUCAAGAUUUUGGAUUACUUCAUGUACAUGUUUCUAAUAGCUUUGAGCCACUGUAAGGUGGAGAUUGUCAUGUAGCAAGGACCCCGAAGGUUGAGUUUUCCAUGUAGCAGCUUUUCAGUAGUCAGUUUGGGAAUGCAGCUGAUCACCACAGAUAGCUCAUCUGUGUAGCUGUCAUUUUAUAGUAGCUGCUUUUUAUUCAUCUGUGAAUAGUAUAUAGUAGACUUUUAUUUAUUUAUUUCAUAACUGACCAAAUUACCCUCGCAUCAGCCAUGACUUAAUAAAAUAAAGACUCGGAAUACCUAGUUGACAGAUUAGUUUGCGUUCUCAGGAAAACAGAGAAGUCUUUAGCUAGCUGUCCUCUCUUAUGGAUGUUAUUUACCCAAAGCCAUCUAAAUAUGACAUUUAGCCUAGAACUUUAUUUGGGAAACUGAACAUUGGCUCUGGAUAAACAAGUGAUUUUAAUAUGAGAGAAGAACCACUGAAGGGUAGAAUAAUGUGGUUAGCUGUUCACCGGUAGAUGAAUAGGAAAGAAACAGAUGUGCUAUCAGAGAACAGUGGUUCCAGUAGUAACUUUAAGUCUUCACAUAACAAUCAGUAGAUGACCCCAUAAGGUCACCUUUUAAAGUUAAUAAUCUUAUAAUGACCAAGUAUAUCUGACCUCCUCCAUAAUUUUCUGAUUUGUUGCCUUCGUUUGUUCUGUUGCACUCUCUCAGUCUCUUUUACAUUCACUCUGUAUACAAUGGCUGUUCUGAGGGUAAUGUCUCUGAUGGUUUACUGGCUGUUACACGGUACUGUUUCUUUAAAGUGCAGCAAAUCCCUUUGACCUGACACCAGCAGAAGAAGGCCAGCUGAUGUCAGGUCUUCUCAAGGAUUUGCACGUGUAGAUGCUAACACAAAUUCCCACUAGUGUUUCUCUGUGUGGUUUUAUUUUAAUUUAACACUUUGGGGUUAAAGAGUCAAAUCCCUGCGCUUUGACAUCAGGGCCAUUUAAGGGAUCGUUUCUGACGCGACACGUCCGCUACGUUGAGAAAGCGACUGCUUAGAGAGACAGGCAGCACCUCACUGAUCUCCAUGCAGAUAAACUCGGUUUGAUUUUUGCCUUCUGUUCAUGCAUUCCUUGUCUGAAUUGGUGAUGGGUUGCUUAUAUUAGCUGUGUAAGUCUAGUGGAGAUUGUACAUAUGAAAAUGUUGUUCUGUUAUGAUUAUAUUUGUAUUUACUGACAUCUUUUAGUGCUAUGGUACAAAUCUUAUCCUCAGUGAAAGUGGCAGUAGCUUCACAGGUGCUGCAGCUUCUCUAAACUGUUUGUUUGAAUUCAAAUAGCUACCAUCUGAAACAGAUAUAUGAAUCUGAAGAACACUGAAUAUAAAGCCUUAAACAUCACCACAUGGUUGAGGAGGUAAAGGGUUUUAAAAGACAACUUCUUUUUGAUGCAUUUUAAAUUCCCUGGAAGCAGAGAAUUUCCCACUUUCAGUGUAGACAUCAGAUUGUGUUUCAUUAAUAUAUGACAUUAUUACCACGAUGAUAGGUCUAUUCAGCUAUUAAACAUAUCACUGAAAGAAUAACCUUGAAUUUGAAAUAAACCUUCACAACACUUAGCAUACUGUAGCAGUUAGAUGAACCACCUCAGCAUUAAUAUCUCGAACACGUGAUCACAUGUAUUGCCACUACUGAACCCACCUUUAAGUGCAAAAAAGUUAAUGAACAGGAGGAUAUUACAGAAAGUUACAGCUCUUGCAAAUUCCAGGACAUCAGGGUCAAAUGCAGGAUGGAUCCGAUGACUUAUUCGACCUUUACGUUAAAACCCCGAUGAGCAUAUUAUUCGGACGUGACAUCAACAGUAUUGUUCGGUAAAGUCUGAAAACCGGCUGAGUUCAGUCUUCACUUCACAUCGGCCCACACACUCUGGAGAAAAGUGACAUAAAAUCAGAGUAGAAAUGUUUUUGCUUUUCGCUACAGCUUCAGUGCUGGGCUAAUGCCAUGUUCUUAGCAAUAGAUUUGACCCCAUUCACCCCGGGAUGAACACAGUAUGAAGGUCAGAAUCCUGCAUACGCCUCCUCGUCGCCACUGUAAGCCCUACACUGUCAAACAAUCAGAUUAAAAAAAGCACAAUGUAAAAAUGAGUGAAUAUUGUGACUUAAGCAUAGUAGAGUAUAUUAGAGGUCAAUGAGUAUGAUGAGAGUAUGUAGAGAUAUAUUACUGUCUAACUGGGUAAAGACUUGUUAAUGAAUCACUCCUCCGUUACAGCAUUAUUCUUUCAAAGGUGCCAUCUUGCCAUCCACCUCACUGUUGAGUCUAUUCUCUCUUCACCUGUGAAGACAGCGAGUCUGUCAUCUGCUGGCACUGUGGUGGCAGUGAGUGGGAAUCCAGCUACACUGACACUAAUGUUGAUUGUUACCUACUUUUAGAACUCUGGGCUGCGCUCAGCGGGGCAUGACUGUGUGACACGUGGAAGUGUUGAACAUUAUGACAUAUAUGGUAACAGAAAUAUGUAUAACAAUAGACUUGUAGAACAGGCAUGCAAAAGCAGUAUUGCAUUAUCUGUGAAAAUGUAUUUACCAACCUGUGAGUGUCUCUUUUAAAGGUACCCUGUGGAAGUUUGGACCACUAAAAGCAUUACAGAGCAGAGAUUUCACAAAUAUAGCAAUGAAUGUGUUAAAAAACAGUGUAUUGGGGCUAUAAAGAGAUCUGCUUUGUUUUAUAAGGAAGAAAGCAGCGUAAGAGGGGCUGUUGCUGUGCCACUUAUCAUCUAACUUGUUGUUUUGAAAUGGUCCAACUAAAAUGGAAUUUGCAGGGCUUAAGAAUAAAUCUAGGUGCUAAUCUGGACCUGACAAAGUUUCAAAACCAAGUCUUUCAGAGGGAUUCAGCAAUGCAAUGGCUUGUGCAAUUAUCUGACUUCUGAAAUUAAAGUAUCAAAACCUUAAGUGACUAAGUAGAGAUUAAGUUGCAAAAUACAAAAAGUACAUUGACAUGACUUAAUGAUCAUGAGAUGUGUCUGUUGGUUCUCCAUGAUGCAAGUUAAGGUAGUCUUAAAAGCUUGAAAAGAAGGCCACUUAAAUACUUAAAGUACCUUGAGGUGGUCAGGUUUGAUUUGUGAUCUGUUAAUGCAGUCUGUAUACUGUAUGCAGUUACUACAUUAGCCCCACGAGGUGAAAGGUUAGCCAAUAACCACCUGCUUAAUAUUAAAACCACAAUACUUUGUUUACAAGAAAACUCCACAGAGUACAUUUAACCUCUCACUUGUUGGAAAAAAAACCCCAACAUAUACAUAUAUAUACAUAUACAUAUAUAUAUAUAUAUAUAUAUAUACAUAUAUAUAUAUCAAACUCCAAUCCUAUUUGCGUUCAAGAAGGAGCUACUGUAUUCUCAAUACAAACAAAGCCAUACUGCAUGGAUUAGUGUUUACAUGUAAGUGAUUUACUAUACCGAUAGCCAUAGAUUUACAGUACUCAAGCCUGGCUGAGUGCAACCCACGUGUUCUAAUUAAGGGAUCUCCCUUUGUGUACAUUGUGCCCAGCUCGGCUGGGUUGUGUAUAUGGGAUCGAUAGUAAGUGAAUGGUCAGAAACACCAGUACUGUUUCCUGUUGAUACAUUCCUGAAUGUCCCUCAGACUGUGCAACCUGUUCUUUUUCUAUCCUCCUACUCCUCAGUGCAACCCGUGCUUCGUCAUACAAUGAAAGAGUUAUGCCACUGAAAUGUAUUGAAGCAUGGCUGAGCAGAACGUUUCCUGGCAACAUUGUGAAAAGAUUAAACGGCAGAGGACCUACAUGUUGAGAUCAGGCCUUCUGUAGGCAUGGAUCAGUUUAUGUAAUUGUGGGGAUAAACAGGAAACGUGUCACCUGGUUUACCUCAAGAAGUGUUACAUAGACACCGUAAAGGUGACACCAUAGACUAUAUAUAAAAGAUGGCCAUAGCCACCAUGAUGUCACCAAUCGGUUCUUGACUGUGGCUCUAUGAUGCCACCCAGACUCCUUUCCUUCCUCCUGCAAGUGCAUGGUGGGAUGCAGGCCUGAUUCACAGAAUUGUUCAAUUCAGUUAGUUCACCUUAAACACAAUAGCUUUCCAAUACCAGUCUUUUCACCCAAGGCAAACAUUCAAAAAACUAAAGUCACGAGAGAAUGACAUUAACCACAAUAAAACCAUGUCGGUCUUUGAGUGGCUUUUUAAGAUGGGUUCUUAAAAAUGACAUCCUGAAGGUCAUCAACAAGCUUUUUGCCAUAUGCAGUGCAGCAUUUGUCUCCACCCUGGUCUGCAGAUACAUCAGACAGAAUGUAUUUCACAAACCUGAAGCUCCUCUAUCUAGAUCCUUUCUAAAAACCAACUCAACCUGGCCAUAAAACAGCCGCCCAGAAUAGGAAAUACAAUCUGCAUGAGUGAUCAUGACCUACCCUACCAUCACAAGUAUUGCAAACCAAAGAAGCACUUUAAGCUCUACACAAAAGACCUCCUUACCCAUUGCAACACAUACCCCAACUACUCUGAACCACUAGCAACCUUUGCUAUGGUGACUGAACAAACACCUUGAAAAGAACUUCCCAAGAACACCAGAGUGCAGCUGGCAUUAACCCAAUAUUUGGCUUCCCUUGCAAGGUAGAACCAAGUGUCAUUAUCUGAGAUUUCUAUAUAAAGACUGCUCCCCUUGCCUUCACUCAAGACAUGCAGGCUACAUCCAUCUUUUAUUUAGAGUCUAUCCAAGAGAACAAGCCAAUCAGUAAUUUGCCAAACUGACCGACAUCGAGGCCAUAACUCUUCCUUUCUAUGGCUGUGUUCUUUUCUAUUCUUCAACUGAGUGCAUGUCAACUGAAUGUCCAGUAACUUCUUUGCUGUAGUAUUAGGCAAUGCUACUCAAUGGGUUUUGUGCAUUUCUUACCUUCUUUGUUUUCUAGUAUUCCUAUGAAAGAGACAGAGACUUAAAUCUAUUAUAUAAAAUAUAUGACUAGAAAAAUGGCAUUCAAGAAUUAACAGAACUUUUAUGGCAAUGUUUAAUUAAAUAUUAAUUCUUAAUGUAUGUUUCAGUAAAAAAAAAUGCUUUCUCUUCUUAAGUGUAGAGACUUAUUGCAGGGAUGCAAGUAUUAUAUUUGGUCUUUAAAGAAUAUCUUGUUGAAAUUCUAGAUGAUGUAGAGUGAUGCAAUUCAAUAAAACUAUAAAACUGAAAACUGUGCUGUAUGGCUUUGAUA